GUUUCGUUUUGAUGGGGCUUUCAUAACAAGUGAUGUUGACAUCGAUCUCUGUCAGUUUCACUGUCAAUUUCAAGCCUAGUUGUGUUCUAAAAAAUUGGAUACAUGUACAAAUGCAGACCCUCCAAGCAUCACAAGCCAGGGCAGUAUGCUUGUCACUGGAAAGCAAUCUAUGACCGAUGUUUCAUUGUUUUAAUGCAAAGAGGAGGUUAUUCUACAAGUCGACCCUUUACUUGUGUCGUCAACACUUCGUAGAAAAUACCCUCGAUUUGAACCUGUUCACCAGAUUAUCAACAAAUUAGCACUAACAAAUGACAGAAAAUACGCCUCAGAUGAUUUGAUAAGCGACCUGCCACAAAAAUUUGCUUACAUGACUUCGUAUUUGUUCUUGAAGAAUGUGGCUAUAAAAGAUUAGCAGCAAAGCUGCACCUUUCCCUUUUCAAACCGGAUACCGCUAUGAGCGUGAAACAUAUACAUUCAUUGACAUCAGGUCGAAGGCCGUCGCUAAUCAAAAUGAUUGAUAAUCUGAAAAUGAUGGUGGAUGAUGCUCAGUUCACCAAUCCUUGGCUUACAUUACGCCAAUUAAAUGACAGGUUCAUCUUACAAAUGCAAAAUGAAAGUAAUGAUUAUCGGAGACAAACUCUUGCUGACAAAUGUGUAGCAUAUCUUUGCGCAGAAAUCGAUGCGAUAGCUAUUACAUUUGACAAAGGUCUAUGCGAAAGAGACCUCUUCACAAAAAUGAAAAGUCUCACAAGCGAGACAAGUAAUACUCUGCUAACAGAUGUUGUUUAUUUUGGCCGGUUAGCAAACGCAAAUGCUAUUGCAGGACGCUUUGAUGAAAGUGAAGAUAUGCUCAGAGCUGCGCGUUGUAAGGCAUUCCAUAUUGGUCCUUGCCGUGAACUUUUGGUUAUGUUUUAUAUCGAAGUGCAAGUAAGGCUGUAUAGCUUUGACAAGACGCCAACAGCUGAUGCCAGGCGGUCUCUGUUAAGGUGGGGUAGGAUGGGUCUUCAAUAUGCUGAACAGGUGAAUUUGGACGGUAAAAAGGCGUGGAGAAGAUCCUUUGUUUUGAGAAUGGUAUUUUGUUUGCUUGGUCUCGGGAACACAGCAAACAUUAUUGAAAAUUGUCAUGUUGACGAAACAUGUAUUGUAGAAGCAAAAGAACUUCUUGCCAAUAUAGAUAGAAACUGGACUGGUAUAAAAACUAGAAGACAAAUGUUGUACCAUGUUGCUAGAGGUAGAAUAGCGGAGUUGACAGAACAGUACCAAGACUGUCUGAACAAUUUACGAAUCUCUAUGCACCUUGCCCGUGAAGGCCAAUUUUUCGAAUUGGAAUUCAUUUCAAAUUACUGCGAUAAAGUUAAAACAUUCCACCAACGUCUCAAGACUAACAGCAUCUUGACAUUUGAUGAUGACGAAACCAUUCCAAAACUCAGGCUAUAUUCUCCGGUAUCAUGGAAUUCGACAUCAAAUGUGGCCCUUCUUCGUCUUCCUUCAGAUGAAGACACACACCCAUCGGUGAAAUUUCGGUUAAAACGUGAAGAACAUAAUAUUUUUCAAGAAAAAAACAGUCAGUCAGUAGACUUUGAGCGACAGCACGACAUAGUUUUAUUGAAAUCCAAUAAUCUUUCGUUUUCCGGUAAAAGCAACUGGUCAUGCACCGAUACGAGCGUGACAGUAUUCAAAUCAGGCAUGUCUGGUAGGUUUUGCAUGGAAAGUAAUAACAUAAAUAUCGAAAGCCAUACAGAGCCAAAGGAAAUUUACCAUAUGCAGCAAAUGAACACUAGUUUUGAAAGUGAAAAGGGAGCUCAAUUCCCCCAUAGAAAGGCUGGCGAAACAACAGAACAACCAAAUGCCGAUGACAAUCUUCCCAACCGUGAGAAUGAAAAUGACUAUAGAAUCCACCGAGAGUGCCUGAAGUCAGACAAUAUCAAGGAAAGCAAUGAAUCAAAGUUGUCUGUUCGACUACCAUUAAGUGGCCGCACAUCAGCCGCAAAUAGCGAUGCAGAUUCUUUCACGAAACCUAAAUGUUUAGUUUCCUCUGAACAUCCGUACCCUACCCAAGAACACUUACAUGGUGAAGAUCCACACGUAAUAGAAACGUUUGGCACAUUUGAAACUUCAGAACUAUUCAUGCCUGUUACUGGAAUGGAAAACAGAAUUCCACCUGCUGGGCGUAGCAGUGCUGGCAAUACACCAUGUCAAACAGUAGAAAGAUUUUCAGAUUCCCAAAAAGGGUAUCAGAAAGAGGGACACACAAGCGUAGAACAUCUAGAUGUGUACCAGUCUUUUAAGGAGUCAAAUUUAUCUGACAAUCUGUCCUCUCUGGAUAGCGAUGAUAUGUUUGGUUAUUGAUAUGGCAAUUGCACUUCUGCUCCUUAGCAUGUUCACCACUAUUCGACUUUAAGGUAGACAGUUUUGAAGAAAGUGAACGAGCUUCAGCCAUCACAUCAACAAUACUUGAUUGCAAGGUUUUAAUCCGUAUAUUUUGGUUCCGUGUACUUUCAGUUUUCUUGUUAAUACGACUCGUAUUGACUUGGUGACAUAUCACUACGCAACUUGCGUGUUUGUUCAUAUAUUCAUAGCUUUCUUGAAUGUUUUCAAAUGUUGUUGUUGUUUGUUCUUCACAUAAAAGUCAGUAUAUGGA